AUGGCAACAUCAAUAGCCGCACUCGCCCUCACGCGACAGCAGCUGCGCCUUGCCCCACGUAGGGCUGGUCUCUCUUCUCGCAGCUACGCUUCUAUCUCGGACCCAACCCACUCGGAGAUCCUCAAUGCUUCUAGCGCCGCCUCAUCCUCUUCUCCCGUGGAGGCGAGGAGACAGCAGGCCGCCAGCCCGCAGGAGAGGCGGACGGCUACACAGCUCGAGCAGGAGAGGAAGUUCAGACAGUACGAGAAGGUGCUGAAAGCCAAAGCUGCUGAGGAAGGCCUUUCCACAAUCGAGGAGCUUGCCGCCAAACGUAAAGCCCAAAAAGACGCAUCAGUCUCUGCCUCUCUCGGUCUCAAGCCCCCACCAAAGGCUACAGCGACAGAGCAACGCGAUGCCGACCUCGCUGCCAAGAUCCGAGCCGCAGCAGAGAAGGAAGCGGCUCGCAAGCUUGCAUCGGGUGACCUCUCCAGCAACCCUCACGGCGAGAAGUCCCCCAUCAAGCCGCUCGGCAGCAUUUUGGAUCUAAGCAAAAUUGAGGGCAACGAGGAGAUGAAUGCGGACAAGAUCAGGGAGCUGUGGACGGGCUAUCACUCGCUCAAGGGCAAGUUGAGCGCAGCCAUCCCCACGGAGGUGUACGAGCGCCUCAUCAAGGUGGCAAGGCAGUACCCGCAGUUCGUCCUGCCUUUGCCGCGCACGAUUGUGGGAGGUGAUGACCCAGAGGGAGAAGUGCAGGCGACCAACCUACAGCCGGGAGAGAAGAAGCAAGGGUACGAAAUGCAGUUCCUCGAAUGGGGUUUCAUCCCUACCGCCACGCCUGGAGCUCCGCCUGCUACGACGGUCCUCUUCACCCCGCUGGCUGAGUACAAGCUGAGACAGGAGUUUGCACAGCCUCUGUUGAUCCUUACACACUACACCGACCUGGCACGAUCGAAGGGCGUCGUUCUCAUGCGAGGGGAUGUCACAUCAGCGGAGGAGGUCGAGGCCAACCCGGCAGGCGUAGCAGCUGCUGAAGCGGCGAAGGGACGAGGAGCGUCGGUGGAGGAGCAGGAGAGGUUGAAGCAGACGCCCGUACAGACGACGGUCAAGGCGCCGCCUGAGGAGGGUGGGGGAGGCGGAGGGGCAAAGAUGAGCGAGAAGGAUGCUCAGCUGCUCGCCAUGACGAUGCAGCGCUUCUACCUGCCGAACGCUGCGGAAGGAGAUGCUGCGGCUAAGGAGAGGAAGGAGCUGCUGAGGGCUUUCCAUGAGGACAAGGACGCUUUCAGCGUGCCUAGGCUGUGCGAGGUGGCUUUCACCUUCUAG